AUGGGGAAUAUGAGUCCGCAACACUUGGGAAAUGCAGCAUCAGAAGAAAGCCUUUUGCAUCAGCUGAGAGAUAUGUGGAAGAGUCCUAGGGGCACAGUGCUCCGAAUCGAGGCAUUAGCGUUGGUGGCCAUUGCUCUCUCUUUCUUCCUUGCUGCAUUUGGGUAUUGCCGCCGUUGGUCCAAGAGUUGGAUCAUCCAGAAGGGUUUCCUGGCUGCAAAUGCAUUGUUUCUGUCCCUCGGGACAUACAGCAUUGGCCUAAUGCAAUCUUCACGGGUGAAGAGCGAGAUGUACCCGAUAUGGGCGGUAUCCUUACUAGCUCUCCUUUGCUGCGUCGACUCAGCUGCUGCGUCUGGGCUUGACAACAAAAACCAGCUCUGGAAGAUGUUGUAUCAGCUUUGUCUCUACUUUGGAUAUGUCCUGCUAAUGAGCAUCACAACCAUCUCUAGCGAUAUUGGUAAUGUAGCCAUCUGUGUGUUAGCUGCCGUGACUUUCAUGAAGGGAUUUCAUAGGAAGCUUGACGUAAUUAUUGGAUAUCGUCGGGAGGUUGACAUGGGUGAUAUAGCUUCCAUGAGUUGCGAAGAAGGCAUUAGUAAGAUUGUAGAAUCAGCCCUUGAUGCCUGCAAGGAUGUGUGCCUCUCCUUCUCUCUGUCUCAUUUGUUGCACCGGCGUUUCCUUGGGUUAAGCAGCGGCAUUACACCAGCGGUGGCCGACAGCACAAAGCCCUUGGUUAAAAACUACGAGCGGGCCUACAAGGUGGCUGAGAUUGAGUUGGCUUUCCUAUACGACAUCUUGUACACCAGCAACACGUUCCUCCAUUACUAUGAGGCGAAGAAUGCUAGCGUCUGGGCAUUUGCUUCGGUUGUCGGCAUAUGUUUCGUAGGGGCAGUGGCCGCCAUACCUGGCAUGAGGAUGACCCACCGUGCUGCUCCUGCGGGCACCAUAUUUGUGAACACCACAACAGCGGACUAUGUUAUUACUGGAGUAAUACUGGUGUCUCUAGCUCUACUACAGGUGGUGCAGAUGCUACGCUGCUGGACCUCAAAUUGGUCCAGAGUUUCCUUUGCCCGUGAUUGGCAAAUUAUCGGGAAAUGUUGUUCGCAUCUAAAGUCCCUUGUAAAGAGGUGUUUGGGCCUGCUUGGACUGCAGUACAUAAGACGAGAGCUCCAGGAAAUGUUGAAGGGCGGCUCCAGGAGUCCCCGUGACCUGCACUGCGAUGUGAAAACAUCCAUUGGUUGUUUUAUUCUUGACAAGAUGAGGUCCGAUGAAGUGAGUGGCUGGGCAUCCUCCGAAGAGGAAAAUAGACAAAGAGGUUGCCAUCUUCCAGACUUCUCUGUCAAGGUAGCUGUUAAGCCAUCGUCUGAGGCUACCGAUAGGAAUGCGAUGAUAUACGUGUCUUGUAUUCUCAUGUGGCACAUUGCAACAUGCUACUGUGAACUGCACGACCAAGUUCAUGUUGUAGACGAAGACAACAAGGAUCGUGGCGUGGCCACGGCUCUGUCCAAAUACUGUGCAUACUUGGUGGCUUCAGCACCGCGCUUACUCCCUGGCCGCUUCGAGACUACAAAAUGGGUAUACGCUCAAGUUAGGGAAGUGGUGAUUAGCUGGACGACCGGAACAGGAGACAAGUUACGGGCAAUGGACAGUUGCAACACGGAUGAUAUUACACUUAAUCCAUCUGAGGGUGUUGGAUACUGGGUCUAUGCCCUGGGUGUGAAGCUUGGGAAGGGACUAACUAACAAAGAAAUGGCUCCAGCUGAUCGGUGGAAGUUGCUGGUAGAUUUCUGGGUGAAGGCAUUGGUGUACGCCGCGCCAUCGGACGACGUGGAGGAGCACAUGCAGUACCUCUCGCAAGGUGGCGAGCUCAUCACCCAUCUCUGGGCGAUGCUCUAUCAUGCCGGCAUCCAGAAGUGGCAGCUGAACCCGCCUGCACAAGACUGCAAGAUGGGGUGGGAUUACAUCUUUAGGAUUCGCUCCUGGAAUGACCUCGCGCAUCACAUGGAACAAACGCCAAGGGACAUGGACGCCGUGUAA